CUCUGCGCUUGCCUAGAUUCUCUUACGUAUCUAUACUUCAUUACUGGUACCACAACAGCAGUUAGUGCUCAACUACUAGCAGUCUGUAAUGUAAAGAAGGAGAGUUCUUGGUUUACUAGCUCGUGCCCGCUUUGUUCAUUGUAACGUUAUUAUACAAUACAUUGCCUGCUGUGACUCGUAGUAGCCGAAAAUUGCGUCUGUUUCCCAACAUUAAAGCUACAAGCCUUCAGCAAUCCCGAAUAGAGAAGUAUUAGAAAAGUUGUCGCCUGAUGGUCAGCUAUAGUCAAUAUGGGCUAUUGAAGAUGGAUAUGGCCAGAUGAUAGCACUUGUUGCUAUUGUCUGAGACAAUAAAUUAUCGGCAUGUUUUCAAUGGAGUGGGCGAUUUUGUUAUGUGAACGAGAGAAGGUUGAUAGGGAGGCGGGCGGAAAGGGGGGUAUCGCCGGUUAGUACCGUCGGCCUGUUGACGUCUAGGGACACGCACUUUGUGGCUUGCAAGCAGCUUUUUUCGUCCCGAUCUACCAAAGGAAGUUAGGCGAUUUUCGCUUAAGAACUUGCGGACUGUUUUUGCUAAAAUUUUGCUGGCUUUGGACAGAGAUCAACCUAGCGGAAAGUGACUCUUUUGUCUGAGUUGUUGGCCGCGCUUUGCGCAUUCGCUCAACGCUUAUCAUAUAUUUUCUUGCUGCCCAGAUAAGAAAUAUUUGCUUCUCCUUGCUACGUUAUGCCGUCUCUAGCUGUCAACACCGAUCUUGUUCUUUUAGUUUUCUAUAAAAAUAUAUAGUAUAUACGAAGAUUAUGCUAGGUCAGGGAACAAUGCGUUAGAAAAUUUUGUGUUGCUGUUACUACCGCAUCAGAAGCGACUCCUGCUUCACCUGCACUUGCUCAGUGUUCAAUGAAUCUUCAGAUACUUCUUGACGUGAUAAUUACACGACGCGAAUAUAGAUUCAGUUGGCAAGAGUACCCGCUUUUCGCUCUAAUCAUCACCUAUGAUUGCUCUUCUUUUCGAGAGAUGACAAAAGCUGAAGAUAACAAAUUCGUCCCAACAGAUAGCCAGACCAGCAAAGGGACAGUGGCAAUCAUGGCCCGCGACACGAAUUUUGAAAAUGUCGAACAGGACAUACCUGAGUUAGGGGCAGUUUUCACGUUCGGCAAAAGCAAGUUCAGUGACAACCUUCCCGGAACGUUCUGGGUAAAGAACGACGUGGUGAUCAGCGUCGCCUGCGGAGAUCAGCAUUCGGUAUUUAUCACGGCGUCCGGUCGCGCGUUCUCGUUCGGCUCCAACGAUUAUGGGCAGCUCGGCCAGUCACAUACGAAACCGCUAGUUAAUCCCAGAUGUAUCAAAGCGCUGAAAGACAAGCGCGCCAUCUUGGUGGCGUGCGGCCGAUCGCAUACGUUAAUAGCUACAGAUGAGAAGAAUGUCUACGCUUUUGGAAUCAAUUCGGAGCAUCAGUUGGGAGUGAAGUCCUCGGCUGCUUAUCAUGCCGAACCACAGUUGGUAUCGGCGCUCGCUGGUGUACAGAUAAAAGCUCUUGCCGCCGGCGCUGACCAUUCAAUGGCAUUGAGUGCCAAAGGCAUCGUCUACCUGUGGGGUUCCAGCGAACACGGCCAGCUCGGACUCGGCAGAAAGAAACAACGGAAACUGCCGGUGCAGCUAAAGACCGAAGGAAAGGCUUUGGGCAUUUCGGCUGGGGCAUACCAUUCUGCCUACGUCAAUAGUGAGGGGCAUCUGUUUACAUUUGGCGAGAGUGAGCACGGUAAACUAGGAACAAAUCUAGCGCCACGGAGAUGCCGGAAGCCAUCGAAGGUGCCGGACAUUCAAGGAACUGUUACUUCAGUAGCCUGUGGAGGAUCACACACCGUUGCGCUGACCAGCGACGGGCGGGCAUACUCAUUUGGAGAUGGUUCCCACGGUCAACUUGGUCUUGGGUCGCGAAUCACCCAUGCUGGUAGGCCUCAUUUGGUACAGGUGCCCACAGGGGUUCGUAUGGCUCGAGUGUCUGCGGGUCAGAAUCACACAGCGUUUCUAAGCGAUGGUCGGCAGCUUUUCACGUGCGGAGAGGGUAGACAUGGAAAACUGGCUUUGGAAGAUGGCGAAAUGGGCAGUGACAAAUUCAGUCCAAUGUUGGUCGACAUUCUAUCACUGUUUCAGGUGCAACAGGUAUCGUGCGGUGGGUGUCACACACUCGUGCUUGUCGUGCCCGGUCUUGAAGAUAGUCAGGGCAACCGAAUGGGUGACUCACCCAUCUCAGCGGCCGUUCAAGCAACAGAGCUCACGCUAGCUCGCCUACGGAGGCGCUACAAGAGGGCACUCAGCUACGCCGAUCUCUACGCUGACGAAAAUGAUGCGGAGAAACGAUUAUCUCGGCAUUACCUAAAUUUGGACGACUCAACUGCGUUCGCGACUCUUCGGUACAUUGAUUCGGACGUUGAGUCCGACGUAGAUGAUGAAAAUGCCAACAUUAGCGCGGCCUCGGUAAUCUGCGCGGACGGCAAAGAUGUAGGACUGAAAAACGGUUCAAAGAAAACCAAAAAUGGAGGUACGGGGAGCGAUGCGGCUGGCAAAACGGGACGAGAGGCAAACGCAAAGCAGUCAUCAUCGUGCAUUAUCCAAUAGGCGGUCACUGCCGCCGUGGCCGCUGCAGCCUCCUUCGACUCGCCGUAGCCUUUCACGUCAGCAGAACACCACCCAUCAAGCGAGGGCAUGGGUCAACCGCUGAUUGUGGGCCAUAGACUCAGCCCACAUUAGCAUGCACUAGUUGGUUAAUUCAAGCCAAUGCUAAAUCACCGUUGACGAGUUUCACGCGAAGCAGCAGAGGACGUGUUCGAUGAUACUAGCUGAUAGAUGCCAUGAACGAUUUGAAAGGCACGAAAAUCACAGAUGCAUCUAUUCGACACGAACGACGAGUGCAAAUUUUUUGAUAGUUUGAUUCAUUUAGACUAGCGUAUGGGGACGUCCGGUGGGCGCAGAAAAAUGAGGACAGUUAUAUUGCAAUGUAGCGAGUCGGAGAGCCGCAAAGGGAAAAACGUCAGUGAAGAAAGACUGAAAUGUUCAGCUUAUUAGGUCCGUCUAUCUGCAGCAGAAUUCUCGACGCUAACGGCACCAUUCAUGAAUCUAUGCACUACAUUGCCAAGUAUUUCGCCUUUACAUCUUGCAAUACUCACUACAUAGCCAUUGCGAGCUUUGCCGUCCGAGUGAAUCGCUUCACUCAGUCAAGCGAGCCGAUUCGUUUGAAGCACAAGCUUAUUUAUAUCUUUUCGUGGCGAGUUCGUGCGUCAUCGGUAAGUGUUGAUUCCUUGACGCUAUAUCCAUAGGCGCCGCGAUCGCUGCGAUUAUCAUGUGUAGCCACUUAACUAGGACUAUUUCAGGACAACGGUGAAGCUCGUUGCACCAUCUUGUGGCUAUACUUAUAUAAACAAAAUAGCGGUCUUGACGCUUACGGGGUAAGCGCAAAAAUGCUUGUUUGUGCCCGCGUGCAUCAAACGUCAAAGCCACACGGCACUCUAACGCUGUUAACGAGUUGACGAUUUUUCUAAUAAUUAAAUGUGCAUCAGCUCCCCUUUAUGUAACAUAAAUAUUAGGUGCAAUGUUUUUUCCAGGCAAGCCCCGCUAUGACCCAUAUGUCGGUAUUCCCUCUCGCCUCUAGUUUUCUCCGUUGCGAAUGGCAUAAGCCAGAAUAGAAAAAAAAAAAAAGCCUCAUCGUUCGCUGAGCCGAGGGCUCGAUUAACAAUUAUGGGUUGCUUGGCUACGCCGACAAGACUUGGGGAUACGACUGAAGCUUGAAAUUUCAUCGUCACUGUGCAUGUCUUAGAAGCGUUAUCUUCAACUCGCAUAACAAACCUUAUAUGUACAUUUAUCUGCACAUCCUUUUACAAAUUAUUAACUACAUUAAGUAUAGUAAUGCAAUCUGACAGGCAUGAAUGACUACUUUAUAACUACUAUCCAAAGGUUUUAUGCUUUGUUCGUUAAUGUGCAGGCUCAUUGCUGAUAUUUAAAAGAGAAACUAUACAUAUAUAUAAUAUAUAGUUUCUCUUUACGCAUAUAUAUAUAUAUAUAACUUCCGUUGAAGCACAGGUGCACACGUUUGACUUCCAGCUUUCCAGCUUAUGUAUUGUGAGCCAUUGCUGCUAUUUGGUGAUAACGGACUUUUCAAGAUCACAUUUCUUCUUAUAGCCUCUUCCUUUUAUCGCACCGUUUGUUCUACACGGUUUUAAUUGUGGAUUAUAUACGUGUAUGCAUAUUCUUGAAAGCGUUUCAAAUAUGUUACUUAUUUAUUUUUCCUAUUGUUAUUUUCGUCCAUUGAUUUCCGCGUUGAGUUGGCGGUAUGAACUCUGUAAGCCAUCUGGUUGCUGGUAAAGCUUAUUGCAGACGUGUUUUUUUGUCAUACGUAGUGUUUCUCCAACGUCUCUAGCCUACCCGAAGUCAUCGGUUGCCCUCAAAAGGCUAUAAAUGUCCUGCUGUGCCAGACAUCAAUUGCCCCUCGAGCUGUCUUGGCACUGCUCUUCCCCACAUCAACAUUAUAAACACAGUUAAGCGUUUUUAUGUUUUGCCUACUUCAAGAACAUAUCAGCUACGAGUAUACGUUUGUAAAAUCAGACCCCCGCCUCGCCUUUCAUCUACGCACCGCGAUCGGCAAAUUCGUAUUGUUCUAAUACCACUAGUACAAUUUUUAAUAGUUCUCUACUUAUAUUAUCGUUCCAACGAGAAGCAAAGGAAAAAUCGAUAGAAUUUCAAAUGGCGAUCCAAAUAGAUGUCAAACCUCGCACUGAGGUAACCCAUUGAUUUGUUCGCUGUAGAUUAGUUACCGUGAGCGCGGUGGCACCGGCGCUAUUAAAAACCGAGGAAGAAGCUGCAUACUUCAACUAUACAAUUGGUAUAAAGCACAAUUGAAGAGAUAGCUUUAGAUACUUCGCUUCGGGUGCUGCCACGCUCCUAAUAUGUGGGAGAACCCCCCUGACAUCGUCGUCACUCGGAGACUACGCUGUGAUAACGAGAAAAAUAAGCAGACUCGAUAAAGCAUGCAAGCGCAAGAUAGGACCGAUAUUGACAAGGGAGAUAAUGAAAUGGACACGAAUCAUUUAUGCAAGAAUCACUAACAACUACCAAACCUCGUAUCGAGACAGAAGCGAACACGGUUUCCUGAAAUACGAGGGCCAGCUCGUUACUACACACAGAUCGUGUAAUAUGUUCAGUGCAAUAACAGUAAGUUCUAUAUGCAUCCACAUAUAUAUAUAUAUAUAUAUAUAUACCCUAUAAUGGCACUUGCUGAAAAAAGUAUGCUAAUUAAUACGUACCAGAUGGCAACUACAACUGAUAUAACAAAGGAUACGAGGAAUGCGCACAGAUCUGGAUAGAGAGACAUUACACAGAGCUGUGCACUAGGGGAAGAAAAUAGCGAUAUAUUGUAAUUUUAUUAUGGGUUGGGCACCAUCACGCGUAGACAAGAUUUAUGGAAACCGACACCUCAGAGGGGAGAAAAGAGCACAGGGGCCUAAGCUGGGUGAGUGGGUGACUCGAUGCAGCAUAAUAGUAACACCAUCACCAGUACCGUUUACAUCAUCCCACACUCGAUCUUGUUGCGUGUCGUUUAGAUGUUAAAGAAAAACAAACCAGUCUGAUAUAUAUUUAAAGCCGGCUAUUUUUUUUUCGUGAGACAGUUGCAGCAACCUUAAAAUCUAUAAGAAUAGAAUCGGGACGCGGGACACGGUGUCUGUCCACAGCACGUCCACCUCGGAGGAUCUUAGCGGUUCCCAAAUCUGCGGCUCCCAAAGGGUAGUUGUAUGUCCGUGUAUGUGGGCAUACGAUGAAGCUGUGGGUUUUCAUAACGAAGACCACAAUUAUUGCUAUAAGAUACACUUAUGAUAAGUUAUAAGUAUAUAUACAAAUAUACAAACUUCACACAUACACUCACAUGCACACGUACACCAUCUAGUUGACAUUACAUAGGGAUAAAGCGGUGCACGCUAAUCAAUCAAUGGAUCGAUAGAAAUGUGCGUCCCGAACCUAACCGCGCCCACUACAAAGCAGGCAAUCCUGCCCAUCCCUUCUCAGAUAAUUCAAUUCAGACAAACACGAAAAGUUCGAUGAUACGGCGUCACCAAUCGACACCAAAGUGUCAUGGAUGAUCAUCACCAAAACCUGUACUGAUCGUAUUGCUGUUCAUUGUACAGGACACUACCUCCGCUUUAGCGCGACCGAUAUAGAACUUCGAUUAGCUUCCGCCGAGAAUGGCGACCCAUGCUCCUGCCUACCCGUGCGCGAUGUAUUUACCACUUCAGUCACUGAGUGGCGCCAGCGGUGCCUCGCCGACACUAACGAAGCCAAUCCGAGUUACGACACUUAGUAGUUUUUUUGGCGUUCCAACAAUGUGCUAUUGGAUCGCACAGCAGUAACAACAGCUUUGUAACACCAUUGUCCUAUCUAUGAAUAAAAUACUUGCGGGCGAAAUGGCCUAAACGUA